AUGCACAUUGUGCUCCUCUUCGCCUUUAUUCCCCUGCUCAAUGCAGCUCGUUUGGACUUGAAGGACCUUUUGCGAAGUUCACGGCGAUGCCACCAGGAGGAGACGGCAGGAGACAUGAAGCUGCAGCGGCUCAGAGCAUUUAACGAGACUGGUCUGCGCAUGCUCAGGGAGGGCGCCGACUUUCCUUUGGUGACAAGUUUUGUGGAGACGGACACUGCCACAGAACUGCCCUUGGAGUGGAGAUCACGGCUGAAGAUUGCAAGGAAGCUCGGAGAGGGCUCCUUCGGAAAAGUCUACAAGUGCAAGGUCCUGUGUACCAACACAAAAUCAUACGUGACAGUGAAGUUCAUAGAAGGAAAAUCUUCCAUGGUGAAGAGGGAGAUCAAGCUCCUAAAAGAGAUGAGCGGAGUUUCAGAUUUCUGUGCUUCAGCGAUUGGCUCGCCUUCUUCUAUCGAGACGGCGACCGGCUACUGGAUCAUGAUGCCGCUCAUGAACAGUGGUGAGCUUCAAGACUUGCUUCUACAGUGCGAAGCCAGCGCUUGCAGAAACUGCAGUGGUAGCAGAAACUGCUGGUCCAAGCUGGGGGCUCCUUACACGACUCCCUACAUGCUCGCGCUCUUCCUUGACGUCGUCAGAGGCGUGAGGGCCUUUCAUGAGAAGACUGGGUAUCUUCAUGCGGACUUGAAGCCGGAAAACGUGAUGAUCAACUGUCAGGCCGACGGCUGCUUCGCGGCGGUCAUCGACCUUGGUUUGGCUUGCGACCCCAGAAAGCCUCGCCAAUGCGGCCGCCGGGGCACGCCUGGUUACGUUGCUCCAGAGGUGUGGAAUGAUGAUCCUCAUAGUGGACGGUUGCCCUCACGAGAUGUAUGGGCUCUUGGAGCGAUCUUGUAUGAGGUGGUGUAUUCACAUCUCCCUCCAUUCUACGCAGAUCGCAAUGGAAGUAAGGCUACAGCGUACAACCCACAUCAUGAUCCAAACAUUCCACAGCCUCCCAAAGCCAUCGACGAGUUGGUGAUUCAAAUGCUGGAACCCGACUUUGAGCGCCGUCCGAACAUUACGGCCAUCGAGGCAAGACUGGAGGCCAUCAUCUAUGACACCACUGAUUGGCGUGCUCGGAACAUGGUCAGCGAGUCCCCAUCAGAGCGCGGA